AGAGAAUUAGCGAAUCGGAGAACAUUUACAAGCUGCUGUGCUGAACUUCGCUGCCGUUAGCUGACAUUCCGUUGCUAUGGCAACUGUGGAAUGGUGACGUGUCGAUGACGUCACAGAGCACGGUAUAUAAAUUGAGAAUGACAAAGAGCUUAGGCGAGUUUGAGGGUAAUUUUACAACUAUUAGCCAGACGCUAGUCCCUAUUGAGUCUCUUGAUACAGGUUAUAGACACAAACAGUCAGUUUGAAAACUGUACAUUGUUAAAUACAGAUUAUUGAUCUGUCAGUAUCAGAACACCAGACACAAUGUCCACAGAGGUGAGAGAGGUGCUUCUGGAGGUUUACCUCAACGGCGCCUUCUACUCCGGGGAAAGUUACUGGGCAUCAGAUGAUAAAGAUGUGCAGCUGGAGUUUGAGAUCUCUGAUGCCAUCUACGACCUUCUCGGCUGCAGCUCAUCUCAAGAGAUAGAUGUGCAGCUGGAGGUUGUGACGGACGAUCACGUCUCAGUCGGUUACUGCAGUCCAGGAGAGAUGCACGUGCAACUGGAAGUUGAUGAAAAUGAGGACAUCUCAGUCUGUGACGUGAAAGAUUUGCAGCUGGAGAUGAACAGGAACGGCAGCGUCUCCGAGCUGAAGAGCCCUGCGCUGGUGUCUGAAGAUCUGAGUGAACCAGAGGCCAAUGAUCAGGAGAACAGCCCGACAGAAAGCACUGCUGGGUGGAUGUUCAAGAAAAUAAGUGCAGUCUUCCAGCGUUUGACUGCAAUCUUCCAGACAAAUGCACUGAAUGCUGUUGGGGAACCUGAAGUGGAUCUUCUUGAUCCAGAGGAAUCAUGUGUCCCAGAUCAAAGUGCUCCCGAGCCAGAAACUGAAACUGAUCUGGUUGAUAUUGAGCAAUCGUGUGUCCCAGAUCCCAGCAUUCCUGAGCCAGAACCUGAAGUGGAUCUUCUUGAUCCAGAGGAAUCGUGUGUCCCAGAUCCAAGCGCUCCCGAACCAGAACCUGAAAUGGAUCUGGUCGAUACAGAGCAAUCAUGUAUCCCUAAACCUGAAGUGGAUCUGGUUGAUCCAGAGGAAUCGUGUGCACCAGAUCCAAGUGUUCCCGAGCCAGAACCUGAAGUGACAUCAGAGCUUUCAAGGUUGGAAAACUACAUCCGUCUAAACGUGUCCCAGCUGGAGGAUCGUUUGAGGGAAUGUACACUGUCCAAGACUCCUGUCGCUGAGGUCUGGCCCAGGGUCUUCAUUGGAAAUGAAGAGACUGCAUGGGACCGAGAUAAACUGAAGGAGAUGGGAAUUACGCAUAUCCUAAACGCUGCAGCGCCCAAGAAGGACCUGAAGUUCUUGUUGGGAAUGGCAAGCGAGAAAGACCUACUAGGAACGGUCAAUACAGGGUCCAGAUAUUACAGAGGCAUGAACAUCACUUACUGUGGCUUGCCUUCGUUCAGACACUGGGCCAACAUCAGCAAGUGCUUCUUGCCAGCAGCCAAAUUUAUCCAUAAGGCUUUGAGGAACCCAACAAGUAAGGUGUUGAUUCACUGCACACAGGGCCUCAGCCACUCGGCGACUCUGUUUCUGGCUUAUCUGAUGAUCUGCCAUGACAUGAUGGUGGAGGAGGCCAUUAAUCACGUCAUAAAGGUUCCUGCAGACUGUGCCCAGUCCCGGGACAGUGGACACAGACCCCUGGAGGACUUGGAAAUGGAGGAACCUCUCAGUGUCACUCGUCCACUCACUGCUAACUGGCAUCUGGGCCGUCACCUGUUUGGAAACAGGAAAAACCUGCUGGACAGGCAUGAAUGAGAGAAUGAGAGUGCAACUAACUAAAAAAAAAAAACAAACAAAAAAAUUUUCAUAGCAUGAAUCAUCCCUCAAACCAAGCAAGAGUUUCACCACUGUGGGUGUUUUUUAUUUUUAUUUAUUUAUCUUGAUCAGCGAUGGACUUUUGUGUUUCUUUUGUGUUGUUUAGUACCAGUUACUAAGCA